AUGAACAAACUGUAUAUCGGAAACCUGAGCGAGAACGCCGCCCCCUCGGACCUAGAAAGUAUCUUCAAGGACGCCAAGAUCCCAGUGUCGGGACCCUUCCUGGUGAAGACCGGCUACGCGUUCGUGGACUGCCCGGACGACAGCUGGGCCCUCAAGGCCAUCGAAGCGCUUUCAGGUAAAAUGGAACUGCACGGGAAACCCAUAGAAGUUGAGCACUCGGUCCCUAAAAGGCAAAGGAUUCGGAAACUUCAGAUUCGAAAUAUCCCGCCGCAUUUACAGUGGGAGGUGCUGGAUAGUUUACUAGUCCAGUAUGGAGUGGUGGAGAGCUGUGAGCAAGUGAACACUGACUCCGAAACUGCAGUGGUAAAUGUAACCUAUUCCAGUAAGGAUCAAGCUAGACACACAGAAGAGAUCCCUUUGAAGAUUUUAGCUCACAAUAACUUUGUAGGCCGUCUUAUUGGCAAAGAAGGAAGAAACCUUAAAAAAAUUGAACAAGACACAGACACUAAAAUCACAAUAUCUCCAUUGCAGGAAUUGACGCUGUAUAAUCCGGAACGCACCAUUACAGUUAAAGGCAGUGUUGAAACAUGUGCCAAAGCUGAGGAAGAGAUAAUGAAGAAAAUCAGGGAGUCUUACGAAAAUGAUAUUGCUUCUAUGAAUCUUCAAGCACAUUUAAUUCCUGGAUUAAAUCUGAAUGCCUUGGGUCUGUUCCCACCCACUUCAGGGAUGUCACCUCCCACCUCAGGGCCCCCUUCAGCCAUGACUCCUCCCUACCCACAGUUUGAGCAAUCUGAAACGGAGACUGUGCACCUGUUCAUCCCAGCCCUUUCAGUUGGCGCCAUUAUUGGCAAACAGGGCCAACACAUCAAACAGCUUUCUCGUUUUGCAGGCGCUUCAAUUAAGAUUGCUCCAGCUGAAGCGCCAGAUGCUAAAGUGAGGAUGGUCAUUAUCACUGGACCACCAGAGGCUCAGUUCAAGGCUCAGGGAAGAAUUUAUGGAAAAAUUAAAGAAGAAAACUUUGUUAGUCCUAAAGAAGAGGUGAAACUGGAAGCUCAUAUCAGAGUGCCAUCCUUUGCUGCUGGCAGAGUUAUUGGAAAAGGAGGCAAAACGGUGAAUGAACUCCAGAAUUUGUCAAGUGCUGAAGUCGUUGUCCCUCGUGACCAGACACCUGAUGAGAAUGACCAAGUUGUUGUCAAAAUAACUGGUCACUUCUAUGCUUGCCAGGUUGCCCAGAGAAAAAUUCAGGAAAUUCUGACUCAGGUAAAGCAGCAUCAACAGCAGAAGGCCCUACAAAGUGGACCACCUCAGUCAAGGCGGAAGUAAAGGCUCAGGAAACAGCCCACCACAGAGGCAGAUGCCAAACCAAAGACAGAUUGCUUAACCAACAGACGGGUGCUGACCCCAUCCAGAAUCACAUGCACAAGUUUUUACCUAGCCAGUUGUUUCUGAGGACCAGGCAACUUUUGAACUCCUGUCUCUGUGAGAAUGUAUACUUUAUGCUCUCUGAAAUGUAUGACACCCAGCUUUAAAAAAAAAAAAAUGGGGGAGGGAGGGAAAGAGAAGAGCUCUGUACUUCCCUUUGUAGUCUCACAGUAUAAUGAAUUAUUCUAAUUUUUCUUAAUAUUCCCCCAUAAUGCCAAAAUUGGCUUAAAUGGCGUAGUCAAUAAAUUUGUCAAAUGGAUAAAUUAAGAAUAGAUUGCUCCUAAAUCCAAUUGUUAAAAUUGGAUCAGAAUAGAACCAUCACAGGAACUUAAAUGUUAAGCCAUUAGCUUAGAAAAACUGUUGUUUUAUUUUUUAUCUAACACUAACAUGAAUAACAUAAGGGAAGUGCUGAACGGUGUUGGCAGGGGUAUUAAAUGUGCAUUUUUACUCAACUACCUCAGGUAUUCAGUAAUACAGUGAAAAGCAAAUUGUUCCUUUUUUUGAAAGUUUUAUAUACUUUAUAAAAGUCCAACCGUUUUUUAAAAAAUUAAAACUUAACAUCUAUCAGCUAACGGGCAAAUAAUUGAGAAAGGAAUUUUACUUCUGGCUGGUGACAGUAAAGCUGGAAAAUUAAUUUCGGGGUUUUGGAGGCUUCUGACACAGUCAUUAGUUAGAAAAUCCAACACAUGUUCAAAGAUACGGAGCAGUGCCUAUAUUUGGAGAGCAGCAAUACCAUUUAUUCCUUUGUUUUAUAGUUGGGAAGGUUUUUGAUGUACUAACAGAGCAAAGUGGUGGCAGGAGGCUUUGGAAUGGCUAGUUUAAAUGGCUUCAGGAGACUUCAGGAUUUUUGUUUAGCUAUGUGAAUGCAUAAAUGCUUUGUGCUUUUGACUAUCACUACCUUAAGAAAGUGCACAGAUGAAGAAAUGCAGGAUUUAAACAGGCAAAAAGCAAGCUUCAACUUGUCUUAUAGGAUGCUUAAUUUACCAAUACAGUUUAGACUCAUUGAUCUACACUUGGAACAGAUUCCAAAAGAACUGCUUUGUGAAGGCCAAUGGGACAGUUAGAGAUAGCGUAUAUGUAGAAAAGCUACAUCUCCUUGUGCCUGGCACUGUCACAAGCCUUACUAAGCUAUUUUGAAGACUUUUAAGCAAUGGAUGUUUUUUAAGUAGUCCACCUAAAUACUACAUAGAACUUAGCAGGACUUCUGUAUACCCUGCAAACACUUAUUGAAAAUAAGUCAAAAGGUAG